AUGCAGCCUGCAAGCUCAUUUAAAGGUUGGCGCGCGUUUCUGUGCACGGGUGACCAAGGUGUCGGCGGUGCAGAGAGCGCGGACUGUGUCUCCUAUGACGCCCGCAAGCGCAAGACGUUCCUUCCCAAUUUCCCUGCCACAUGCCCAUGGGUCACAUCGGUGGGUGCGACGUACAAGUUUGAUUCAGAAGUCGUCACAGUGACGAACUACACAUUCAUUACAUCGGGUAGUGGCUUUUCCUACCAUUCCCCACGUCCAUUCUACCAGGAACAUGCUGUGCACAAGUACCUUGCGGAGUACCAGCACGAUAAGGAUGAUCGCUGGUUCAAUCCGCUCGGUCGUGCUUACCCUGAUGUGUCUGCCCAGGGCUCACGCUACGUGAUUGCUAUUGACGGCGAAUUCAAGCUGGUAUCAGGCACUAGUGCUUCUACCCCGCUCUUCGCUUCCAUGGUAGCGCUGCUUAACGAUGCCAGCUUCGCCAAGGGCAAGCCAGCCUUGGGCUUCUUGAACCCAUUGAUCUAUAAACGCCUUGGUACGAAUGCUUUCCAUGACGUGGAAAGUGGUUCUGCCGAGGGCUGUGGCGGUAUGACGGGCUUCGAAGCACAGCAGGGCUGGGAUCCGGUGACUGGUUGGGGUACGCCAAACUUCCCUGCGCUUUUGGAAGCGACCUCCAACUUGUAA